GUCUCUUAUAAAAAAAACAUUCAUCGACGAGCAUUUUUCGUAUUCAGUCAUCUGCCCGAUAAGUUCUUUUUGUUUAUCGCUUUGCGUUCAAAACUCAGACCACUUGCUUCUUAUCGCGUAAUCGAAAAUGUCGGGAAGAGGAAAGGGAGGAAAAGGGCUGGGAAAGGGAGGAGCGAAGAGGCACAGGAAGGUUUUGAGAGACAACAUCCAAGGAAUCACCAAGCCGGCAAUUAGGAGGCUGGCUCGAAGAGGAGGGGUGAAGCGUAUCAGUGGUCUGAUUUAUGAAGAGACCAGAGGAGUCCUCAAGAUCUUCCUAGAGAACGUCAUCAGAGACGCUGUGACGUACACUGAGCACGCCAGGAGAAAGACGGUGACCGCCAUGGAUGUCGUCUACGCCUUGAAGAGGCAAGGCAGGACUCUCUACGGGUUCGGUGGUUAGAUUUGUGGUGGUUUUGGUUACAUGUUAAAGUCUUGCGGUCAAGAAAUUAUGGGUUGAAUUGUAGGAGUAGUAUUGUCUUCGUGUUGCUUUUAUGGGUUGUAAGUAAUUAGGAUUCGGAUUCCGAAUUAGGAAAGUCCUUGUUUUCUGAAUCAUCUUUUGAGUAGUUGUGGUUCUGUAACAUGUUUCGUUUUUUGGUAAUGACCAAUGCACUCGCCAUCGUCGUAUCUUCUCAAA